AUGGUGCCUUGCUAUCUCCUCUCUCAAAUCACCGUUACUUCGUUGCUAUUUCUCGUCUCCUUCCUCACCUUUACUCAAUCACAGAUAACUCCUAUUACCCCUUCACCCGCGACAAUGGCAGAGUGUGGGCCACGCCUCAUUGUACUCGCUCCAUGUGCACCGUUCGUGGAAGGGCAAACUCCAGGGCCCACUGAACAGUGCUGUGAUAACCUCAUUCAAGUGUACGACCAGCAGCGAAGUUGCCUCUGCCUCUUCCUCAAUGGUACUGCAUUGGCAUCUCUCCCUAUCAACACUACCCUCGCUCUUCAGCUGCCUGGCCUCUGUAGUCCCCAAAUUGACCCCUCUACUUGCUCACCUUCAGGUGGAUCAGCACCUCCUAUAUCACCAGCAUCUCCGGAUUCAUUCAGGAACAGUCCAAGUGCCGCUGCUGCUGCAGGGGCUCCAACUAUUAAUGUUGCACCAAGGCCAAGCACUGUCAGAUUUGGGUUAGGGAAGAGCUCAGCUUACAAGUUAGCAGGCUGUCAGAUUUGGGGAGUUGCUGUAGCAGCGAUCUUUCUACUGUUAGAAAACUUAGCGUGAUCGUUGUUGAUGAAGAAACUGAUGACGAUGACUGUGUAAUUGCAUCUAGGCUAGGGAGAAUCAAAAAAGACAAGUAGUACUUUGUCCACAUAUGAUUUCAUACUAGUUAAUUGAACCCUUAUUCUAUCAAUUCAUAACCAAGAAUUUACCUUUUUUACAGCAGUUUAUUACUCUACACUUUCCCGCCGC